AUGACAACUAUUAAAUAUAUUCGUCCGUUUCUUCGUUUUGUACAUGGUUCGUUACCAUCCAAUAGUCAACGUUUUCUUCAUGUUGAAAGACGUAAAGAUCAUCUUCGUUUAAUUGAUAAAAAUGAUACUAUAGAUUUUCACUACAUUUGGUUACGACAUAAUUGUUUUGAGAUAGGUAAAUCUAUUCAUCCACAAACUGGUGAACGUAUUGUUGAUUGUGCUGAAAUUCCAUCGACAAUUGAACCUGAACAUGUAGAAUUAAUUGAUAAUGAACAAAAACUUAAAAUUGUUUGGUCAAAAGAUCAUACUAGUUUAUUUGAUUUAUCAUAUUUAUUAGCAAAUGCAUAUGGAAAAAAUCGAAUUGAAACUAAAAAACCUCAAACAAAAAUUGAAGAUAUUGAAUUCGUUUAUAAUAAAAAUGAAUAUGAUACUUAUUUAAGAAAUUGUGCUGAAAGAUUAAAAAAAUUUGGAUUAGUUGUUGUUCGACAACGUGGUUUAGAUACAGAAGAACUUAUUAAUGAUUUUUUACCUCAUGGUGCAUCAGUUGUCGAAACACAUUUUGGUCGUAUUGAAGAUUUACGUACAGAUAAUACAACAAAUCAAAAUACAGAUCAAUUAGGUUAUACAAAUGCGGCAAUUAAUUUACAUACUGAUCAACCAUUUAUUGCUGAUCCACCAGGUAUGCAAUUAUUACAAUGUAUUAGUCGAGCAGACAUUGGUGGAUCUAAUACAUUUGUAAACGCUGGUGAUGCUGCACUUUAUCUUCGUGAAAUCGAUCCAAAUGCAUAUUAUUUAUUAACAACUAUACCAGUUCAUUUUCAUCGAAAACAAAAACAAUUUGAAAGUAUUCAUAUUGGUCCAAUAAUUGAAACAGAAAAUGAUAAAAUAAAACAAGUUCGUCAUAGUUAUUUUACUUUGGCACCAUUUCAUUUUCCAUUUUGGUUAACAACAGCUUAUUAUAAUGCAUAUCGUGUAUAUGCAUCAAUUUUAUAUGAUCCUCAAUGUCAAUAUAAAGUUGCAUUAAAUCGUGAAGACUUUGUUCUUUAUGAUAAUUAUAAAAUGUUACAUGCACGAGAAGCAUUUACGGGACCAAGACAUUUACGUGGAAUUUAUUUUCGACAGACUGAUGUUUGGAAAAAACUUGAAAAUUAUGGCAAAGAUAAAAAUGUGUUAUGCAAAAAAUGA